AGAGCUAAAGAAGAGGCCCAGCAGAAAGAAGCCAAAGUGAAACUCCUUACUGAGUCCGUCAAUAGUGUCAUAGCUCAGGCUCCCCCUGCAGCACAAGAGGCCUUUAAAAAGGAACUUGACACUCUAACCACCAACUAUCAGUGGCUCUGCACCAGGCUCAAUGGCAAAUGCAAGACCUUGGAAGUCUAUGCCAGGAAGGAAGCCUUAAAGGGAGGUUUGGAUAAAACUGUAAGUCUUCAGAAAGAUCUGUCAGAGAUGCAUGAAUGGAUGACACAAGCUGAAGAAGAAUACCUAGAGAGAGAUUUCGAAUAUAAAACCCCUGAUGAAUUACAGACAGCAGUUGAAGAGAUGAAGAGAGCUAAAGAAGAGGCCCAGCAGAAAGAAGCCAAAGUGAAACUCCUUACUGAGUCCGUCAAUAGUGUCAUAGCUCAGGCUCCCCCUGCAGCACAAGAGGCCUUUAAAAAGGAACUUGACACUCUAACCACCAACUAUCAGUGGCUCUGCACCAGGCUCAAUGGCAAAUGCAAGACCUUGGAA